AUGAUAGAGGCUAUUGGGCAAUACGGUUCGGGUUUGCCCCCACCAACUUAUCAUCAAGUGCGAGCCCCUCUUUUAAAAAAAGAGAUAGAACAUGUUAACAAGUUGAUGGAGGAGCACAAAAAAGACCAAGAACAAUAUGGGUGUACGCUAAUGAGCGAUGGGUGGACUGAUAGGAAAAAUAGAACAUUGAUGAAUCUUUUGGUGAAUUCUCCAAGGGGGACCAUGUUUCUGAAAUCCAUGGAUGCGUUUGGAAUUGUAAAGGAUGCAGAAAUGAUAUAUGAAUUGCUUGAUGGGUGGGUGGAGCAUAUUGGAGAAGCAAACGUGGUUCAAGUUGUUACGGAUAGUGCUGCGGCAAAUGUGGCGGCAGGGAGGUUGUUGGAGGCAAAACGACCUCACUUGUUUUGGUCUCCGUGUGCCGCCCAUUGCUUGGACUUGAUGUUAGAAGACAUUUUUAAGUUACCAAAUUUGAAGACAACUUGGGAAAGGGCAAUAAUGAUUCAUGGUUAUAUUUAUAAUCGACCUUCUUUGUUGAAUAUGAUGAGGCAAUUUACCCAAAGGAAGGAGCUCGUUAAGCCGGCAAAAAUUCGAUUUGCAACUGCUUUUUUGACUUUGCAAAGGGUUUAUGAACAAAAGGGAAACUUAAGGAAGAUGUUUACUUCAGAGAAGUGGACCAAUAGCAAAUGGGCAAAAGAGCUAGGAGGAAAACAUGUAGAAAAAGUCAUGUUGAUGGCCUCAUUUUGGAGGAAUGUGCUCCUUGCCCUCAAGUUCGCAUCCCCACUUGUUAAGGUACUUAGAUUGGUUGAUGGAGAAGUCAAGCCUCCAAUGGGAUACAUUUAUGAGGCUAUGGAUCGGGCUAAAGAAACUAUUGCAAAUUCCUUCAAUCAAAAUAAGGAGAUGUAUGGUGAGGUCUUUAAGAUAAUCGACAAGAGGUGGGAAUCCCAAUUGCAUCGGCCUUUGCAUGCAGCUGGUUUUUACUUAAAUCCUGAAUUUUUUUACAAAGAUCCAAAGGCUUGCAAAGUUCCAGAAGUCAUUGGAGGCCUAUACAAAUGUAUCACAAAGUUGAUUCCCAAUAAUGAUACACAAGACCUUGUUUGUGCCGACUUGAUGAAGUAUGAGAGAGCUGAAGGACUCUUCGGUAACCCAAUGGCAAUAAGGCAAAGAAAUACAAGGGCACCAGCUGACUGGUGGGCCUCAUUUGGUCAUGACACUCCCGACUUGCAAAAAUUUGCCGUCAAAGUUCUUAGCCUUACUUGUAGUUCCUCGGGAUGCGAGCGUAAUUGGAGUGUCUUUUAGCAUAUUCACACCAAAAAAAGGAAUAGACUAGCUCAAAAGCGUCUCAAUGAUUUGGUAUUUGUUAAGUACAAUAGAGCAUUGAGACGCCGAUACCUCAAAUGUGAUCGCAUUGAUCCUAUAUCCUUGAAAGAUAUUGAUGAGAGCAAUGAAUGGUUGGUUGGGAAGAUGGAGGAAGAAGCUGUGUUUGAGGGUGAUGAUUUGAAUUGGGAUGAUGUUGCUUUAGCUUCUGGAGCCGAAGAACCAAGGAAAACAACUAGAGCAUCAAGUUCAAAGUCAACAGACUCGAUACCUAUCGCAAAAAUGGCAAAACCAACUCCAAAGGCUAAGGCUUCAAGAGGAAAGACAUCUCUUAUAGAUGAGGUGAUUGAAGAGGGAGAAUGGGAGACGGAUGAUGAGGAGGAGGAAGAUGUGGAAGGAUAUAAAUCAGAAUCAUCAGAUGAUGAUGAUGAAAUUGAAGAUGAAGUUCUUGGUUCUGAGAAUGAUGAUUAAUGUCUAUGCAUGACUCUAGAUUUUGUUGCCUUUAAUCCUUUUGUUAUGUCUCUGAGGCUAAACAUUAUUAUGUUAGCUUUUCAUGGAUGAUAUGCUAUGUUUCGUGUUUGGUACUUUCGUUUAA